AUGGCGAUCAUUGAGCACAUUGGUCAUGAGCAGCACAAAUUGAUUUUGAGAGGCCAAGGAAAAAAAAAAAGAGAUGUAUAUCAUAGUAAUAAGCCUGAGUUCUGCAGUGUGUGUGAGUUACCAAUUCUAUCGAGCCCUUCCUACACUUGCAUAACCGGCUGCGAUUUCUUCUUGCAUGAGCCGUGUGCGCGGCUGCCACAUAAUGUGAACUACCCCUACACUUCCGAACCUCUUUCCCUCAAAAUCAAUCCAAAUCGCAAUAAUCCAUGCCAAAGGUGUGGCAAGUUAUGCGCAAAUAUCAUCUCUACUAAAGAGUAUUUUAAUUGGAAUUACAUAGCCCAUCCUCUGUGUGUUGUCAAAGUGGAGAUUAAAAUCGAGCACUACAGCCACAAUGACCAUCCAUUGGUGGCUUUGAGCCAGGAGACUCUGUCCUCGUAUGAUGCGUGCAGCGAGAAACACGAAGGCAUUGUCAAAAUACCUUCACAUGACCACCAUUUAAUACUCACUUACGCUUCUAAAACUCAAAAAUUUGAAGUGUGUAGGGUGUGCCACAAACAUUUCUGCGGCAAAAGGAUGUAUCUGUGUGCUGAGAAAUAUGAUUACUAUGCUCAUUUGCGGUGUGUAGCGUCAAAGAUGGGAGAUUUUAAGCCCACAGACCACCCGGUGGCUUUAACUCGGAUGCUCAUGGUCGGGAAUCGGAGGUGUGGUUACUGCAACACAACAGUCAACGGCUUUGUCGAUGAGAUGAACUUUUAUUACUUCAACUGUGAUUUCUGGAUCCAUUAUUUGUGUGCCAAGAAAUGUAACAGAGGUCAACAUCAAUCUCGGCUU